AUUGCAUGGUAAACAGACUGUGGUGAUUUUCAUUCCACAGUUAACGUAUCACGCAAGGAUUAUUCAUUUUUAAUAGGUAUAAAAGAACUUUCCACAAACAGCCAUGGAGGAGGAAGAGCACACAGACAGAAAGCUGCAGAUUGCCAUGUUGUGCCAAAGGCUGCAAAAAAUCAAACGGAACAUCAAUGAUGAUGACACAGACAAUAUCAACAAAAUCAUAAGUUCAAACUCUCCAGGCUCGUGCCUUACCUACCUAGCAAACCUAGAGAAGAAGGGAGACCCACAUACUGAUCAUGUUCUUCUUCACAAACUGAUGGAUUGCUACACUCAAGUGUUCUCCAACAUGCCACUUGGAAAAUACUGCCAAAACCAGAGUUAUGCACGGAUGCUUGUCAGAUUUGCAGAGCUGAAGGGAAUUCAAGAUGUCAGUGAGGCUCAGGAUAACUUCAAUGUUGCAAUAUCCCAUUGCCAAGAUUUUGCAUUCGUCCACAUUGCGCAUGCUCAGUUUGAACUGACUCAAGGCAAUGUAAAGAAAAGCAUGUGGAUUCUUCAGAGAGCUUUUGAACUGGAUGCCAAACCAACAGAACUUCUGCAAGCUGCAAUUCAGAGCUUAAAAGCUGGCAGAAGUCAACUGCUUUCCCAUGAGGACAGGGAAAAUAUUGCAUCAUCAACAGUUGGAAAUGGGCAGGAAUCUUUAAGAUCUGGCUCGGACUUAAACAAAGACACUAUGCAGUCAGAUGAAUAUGGAGACUCACCGCUUGCUAGCAUUAUCUCCUCAGGGACUGACCAGAGAAACAGCUCUGUUGACAACCAGAUACCCUUUUGGAGAUCUAGUGCACAACGCAAGAAGUUAUCUGGCUUUAUGCCUGGGAGAGUUCCGAUGGUUCCUCUCUCUAUCCCAGAGGACAAUAGUGAUGAUAUGGGACUCAUAAAUAAGAGUGAGGCGCCUCAUCCCAGUGGAAAUUUAUCCAGGCAAACGUCUGGUUCUCAGGUAAACCCUAUGUUGUCAUUCUCACAAAGCAAGAAGAACAGCUGGGAUGGUGAACUCAACCUGAAGCCUCUGGUUAUUAGCCCAGAGGCUCGUCCGUGGGAGGAUGUUGGCCCUGUGGACUCCGCAACCACAUUGUUACAUCGCCCAGAAAAGAAAGAGAUCGCCCAAAUAGAAGAUACCACUGAGUGUGUCAACCGGGUCAUCGACUCGAACUCGCCCGAAUCAUGUUGGACGUACCUGUCGGGCCUGGAGAGGGCUGGGGACCCACGAUCUGAUUCGACCCUGCUGGCACGACUGCUGGACUGCUACUCCAGAGUGUUUGCCAAACUUCCCCUGAGCAAGCACAGCAAAAAUGAGAGCUACGCCAGGUUGCUCGUCAGAUUUGCAGAGCUGAAGGGGAUUGAGGACCCAGAUGAUGCUCAGGACAACUUCAUCAUUGCCAGGUCCAACAGCAGAGGCUUCGCCUUUGUCCAUGUUGCACAUGCUCAGUUUGAGCUCUCACAAGGCAAUAUGAGGAAAAGCACUUUAAUACUACAGAAAGCUCUUGGGUUGAAAGCCAAACCUAUUGAAAUGCUGGAGAUGGCGAUGAAAAAUUUAAAAGCUGGGAACACAGUGCUUCUCUCCACUGAGGAUAAGGAGAACAUUGCAGAGCCACCAGCCCCGAGCUUGUUUGCCUCUCAGAGAGAUGGACAUGACAAGAAGGAAGAAAGUCUCCUCCAGCCGCCCUCCAGCCAGGCACCCCAGAAGUCUCUGAUGAAGGAGCCUUCCUCAGAGUGGAGGGUUCCCGCUCGAAUUAACAAAUAUGUUUCUCCUGAGGAGAAGAAGUACCCCACAGAGCCCAUGCGCACCCCGCGGCUGCUGGACUCUCUGCCCAUGCCCCCUGCCCAGAUCCCCUCCCGACUCAACCCAGCCAUCUCCUGCCAGACGCCCAACUGCAAAGACCUGCCCCCAAACAGCUUUGUGACGCCGGUCAUGAAACAGAGACCGCUGGUGGUGCCUCCCACAGUACAGAGCGUCAGCCAGAGCCAGGCCCCCCUCCCUCAGACCCCACAGAACCAGGUCUCUCAAGUCCAGCAGACACCUCAGGGAACUGUGUUCUCAAACGAGUCCAUCACCAUCAAAGGCCAGCAGUUCUUCAUUUUGAAAAUGAUUGGCCGUGGAGGAUCUAGCAAGGUGUAUCAAGUGUUGGAUUCAAAAAGGCAGCUUUACGCCAUUAAGUUUGUGAACCUGGAGGAUGCAGAUGCUCAGACAGUGGAGAGCUACAAGAACGAGAUUGAGCACCUCAACCACCUUCAGCAGUACAGCGACCAGAUUAUUAAGCUGUAUGACUAUGAGAUCACAAACAGCUACAUUUAUAUGCUGAUGGAGUGCGGGAACCUUGACCUCAACACCUGGUUGCGCAAGCGCAAGGUCGUUGACCCCCUGGAGAGGAAGUUCUACUGGAGGAACAUGCUGGAAGCCGUCCAGACCAUCCAUAAACAUGGAAUCGUCCACAGUGAUCUGAAGCCAGCCAACUUUGUAAUUGUGAAUGCUUCGUUGAAACUAAUUGACUUUGGCAUCGCCAAUCGCAUUCAGCCAGACAUGACGAGCAUCAUGAAGGACUCACAGGUAGGGACUUUGAAUUACAUGCCACCAGAGGCCAUCAGAGACACGUCAUCCAAGCCUGGGAAGCAGGGAACUUCAAAGAUUAGUCCUAAAGGUGACGUGUGGUCACUGGGGUGCAUCCUGUACUGCAUGACCUAUGGGAAGACACCAUUCCAGAGUAUCACUAACCAGUUCACAAAGUUACACGCCAUCAUUGAUCCCAACCAUGAGAUUGAUUUCCCUGACAUUGCAGAGAAAGAUCUUUUGGAUGUCCUUAAGAGAUGUUUGGUGCGCAAUCCAAAGGAGCGGAUCUCGAUUGCACAGCUGUUGGACCACUCCUACCUACAGCUUCGCCCACAACAAGCUCCUGAACCUGAGAAGCCUUGCAGUGAUGACCUGAAGAGAAUCCUCAACGAGCUGGCAGCCUUACAGUCCCCUAACAGCAUUGCAAGGGCAGCAAGUAAUUUGGCAAAAAUGUGCAACAGCGGGAAGAAAUUGGAUGUUGCAGAGUGUGUCAAAACAUCCAGCCAGCCCUCUUGGAAAAUAUGAGCAAAUGGGUGAGGUUCAAGCCACCAUUCACCUACCACCUCAGGAUUAUGAUGACUCUCCAUCCUGGCGUAAUUACCCACAUGGACUUAUUGGGCCAAAUUAGAUUUACUGGGCAUGGGCCAUACUGAUUGGAACCCAUGGCAGUGGGUUGUCUAGCAGACUUCCACUCUAGUCUGCCACCAUUCUCUCUCUCACCAACAAACCAGACUGAGCCCUAAAUUCUUCGGCAACAACUUGAACAAGCCACUAACCUAGUUUAUGUGACCAUAUGUUUAUCUUAUUUUUUUUAUAUAGCCACUUCAGCACCUUCUCAUUAGUGGUGUUUAAAAAUGUUAUGUUGUAUACUUUGAAAGCAGACCAAUAAACUAACCUUUCACUGUUGAA